GACCAUGAAGGCAGCAUAUGAAGCCGUGAAAGAGGUGGAGAGAAGUUCAGCGAGAGGAGCCAUAGGAGGGACUAUAAACGGCUGAGGUUACUCUAAAAUUUCAACACUUCGUCGUCUUCGCCUCUAAUCGCAGGAUUUUCAGGACUUCUUCUCAAAGGAAACUGAUCCUCUUCUGGCAUGGCUGUCGAGGGGGGAAUAAAAUGUGUCAAGUUCCUGCUUUUCUUUUUCAACUUUAUUUUCUGGUUAUGUGGCCUAGCACUGAUUGUCGUGGGAAUCCUGGUUCAGGUGGCUUUGCACAACACGUUCAUGAUCCGUGAUGCGACAGCCUCAGGAGUUCCCAUUGUCCUCAUCGGAGUCGGUGUGGUCAUUUUCUUCAUCGCCUUCUUCGGCUGCUGUGGAGCCUGGAAAGAGAACUACUGCAUGGUCACCACGUUUGCCAUCCUUCUCUCACUGAUCAUCAUUGUUGAGAUUGCAGCAGCAAUCGCUGGAUACGUCUUCAGAAACAAAAUCUCCACUGUCGUCCAGGAUAGUCUCACUGAAACGAUCAACAAUUACAAAAACGGUACAGCUGAAUUCAAAGAGACUGUGGAUAAACUGCAAGAGGAUUUGAAAUGCUGUGGUGUGAACAGUUCUUCUGACUGGAAAAGCUUCAAACCUGAUGGAAAAUCUGUGCCUGACUCAUGCUGUUUGAAUGUCACUAAAGACUGUGGAAUCGGGGCCAUGACAGACGCUGCCAAAGUGUACCAGAAGGGUUGUCACGAUGCUGUGGAGGCUUUACUGAAGAAAAACAUCCAGUGGGUGAUAGUUGCCGCUCUUGUUAUUGCUUUCCUGCAGAUAAUGGGCAUCGUGUUCGCCUGCUUGUUGAUGAGAGGCAUCCGCAGCGGCUACGAAGUCAUGUGAUUCAGCUUCACUCCUGAGUUCAGAGUUGGUUGUUCAUGUCACGCUUAUAGGGAGCUUCAUUUGAAAACUGUUAAUAUGUUCAUCUUAUACUUAAGACAUAAUGCACAGAACAAUAUAUUUUCCCUUGUAUUGAUUUUGGAUUAUAUUUUCAUAGGUUAACAAUAUCUGUACUUUGAUACUGUAUGUUCUUAGGAAUUCUAAAUGAUUGGAAAGAUUAAUAUCCACAUUAUUGUCAGUGUAUGUUCUUGUUGGCUGCGAGGAAUUCUAACAUCUUUUACUUUGCUUGAGACUCAAGAUCUGUUUUGGCGCGGAGUUUUUAUGUUUUGCUGAUUCCCAGUGUCUGUUUUUAUUAUUAAAGACCCUUUAAAUUACAUAUGAAAUUGCUUUAAGCGUAAAUACAAACAGGGAAAAUAAAUGCACCAUAAAGUCUUUAUUUCAGACACUGUUCCAUUACAAUGUAUAUAAUAUUGGCACAGCAACACAACAUUCAAGACCUGUUGAGCAAAUAAUAGCACAUAUUUUAAAAUAAAUCUUAAAAGAGAAUAACUUUUGCAGCUCAUAUUUCAGAUGUAUUGUGCCAGUCCUUGCAAAAGGCACAGGAAGCAAAUGACAUUUCCUUUUUUACACUUCACACCAAACACCAGCACAAGGGACGUGCAGUUCCUCAUGCUGUUAACACAAAGUUGGCAAAAAGCUUGAAUGAAAUUGUGUGAUCAGACCAGGAUCACUUUAAGCCUCCAAAGCAAGAAAACGUCAAGUUAACAAUAAAGUAAAGUGCCAUCACAACUCUUUUCAGACAGCUUGUAAAUGCUGCGCUGCACCUUAUUAAUCUACUGUACAAUAAUCAGUUCAGCUUCUCACCACACGAACAAGCUUGAAUGUCUUUGCAAUGGCUAAAGUAAUAAUUUGGCUUUUUUUUUUUUUAAAUCUCUAUUUAGGAUCCAUCAACAUUUUUUCCUUUUAGAAGGUGCCUUUGUGUAAUCUACUGAUUUGAGGUCGACCAGUUUGACAAAACUAUCCUUCCCUCAAGACUGUUGCCACAGAAUCCCCCUUUCACAUGUUAACAAUUUUGCCACGACCAGCAUUAUUCAUUGUAAAGACGUAAGAGCAGAGCACAAAGUGAGGUAAAUGUAUGAGAAGAUACAGUACAUGUUUCAUGCGAACAUGUAAAAAACAAAAACAUGUUCACAUAAAAAGGGGUAUUUUUAUGAAUGGAAUGUGUCUGAACAAUUUUACCAUUGCACAAGCAAAAUAUUAAACAGAGCCCAAAAUA